GACAAACGGCUGCAGACAUGAUUUCCUCAGUUUCAUCGGGACAGUUCAAUCAGGCUGAGACAGAGACAUCAGAGGAACAUUGAGUCUGUGUGUGAGGUGAGAUUAAAACAAUCAACAAUCAGUUUCAGUCCAAACACAGUGCAUGUUGGGGAAUGCAACUCUACACCUCUGUGUUCCUGGUUUACAGUGCGGGCUCCACCCUGCGGCUUCUGCCUCCUCCAGGGAAGGGGAGGGCAGUGAUUGUGCGUGGGGGUGUAUCACUGCUGAGGGCUGAGGGGGCGGAGAGCUUUUAGACUGAAACUACGAGCCAUGACUGUUCACAUCCUCUAGGUGUGGCCUCCCAGGCUCCUCAGUGUGAUCCAGGAACUACCGGCUGACAAAAGUGGCUGAGCCAGUUAUUCUCAGAGAGCAUAAGAGGAGUGGAAGUGAGGCCGGGCUGACAGAGACAGGCUGAAGACAUGGCAGAUACAGAGGCUCCCACCUCCAACCAGCAGCAGCAGCUGUGUGGCAUCUGCUCAGGUGCGCUCAGUGGAGACAAGCCGGCAGCCUGCGGUCACUCUGUGUGUGGCUCCUGUCUCGGGGACAAAAGUAAAGGAUGUCCUCAGUGUCUCCAGAGCCCGGACAAGCCUGAGCCUGCAGAUGCUCCCAAACAGAACGGGACAGAGGCUGAAGCUGUGAUCAAGAGUAAAGAGGAGCAGAGUCCGGACCCUAAGGCUGCAGAGGAGACCAAAAUCCAAGAGGACCUGAAGGAGUCUGAGGACCCCAAGAAGCCUGAGGUGGAGGAGCAGAAGGAGGAGAAGGAGCAGACAGAUGGAGAUGUGAAAAACGGAGCAAAAGAAGAGGAGGUAAAAGAAGAGGAGGUGAAGGAGGAACCUCUGGGCCCCGACGAUGUGGUGUGCGACUCCUGCAUUGAGAGCCCCUGCAGGGCCCUCAAGUCCUGCCUCACCUGCCUGGUGUCGUACUGCGAGGCUCACCUCCGGCCUCACCUGGAGAACCCCAAGUUCAACAACCACCGGCUGGUGGAGCCGCUCAGGGACAUCGAGAGACGGACCUGCGAGAGCCACAACUGGCCCUUGGAGCUUUACUGCUGCGCUGACGCCUGCUGCGUCUGUCAGGACUGUGUGACGGAGGAGCACAAGGGCCACAACACCAUGCCUGUGACGGAGGCUCGCAGUCAGAUAGAGAGGGAGCUGAGGGAGAAGCAGACGGAGAUGGUGAAGACGGUGACGGCGGGAGAGAACGCCAUCAACAAACUUCAGCUCAACACAGUUUCUAUUGAGCAAUCUGUGACCGAGGUGCGAGCGGUGAUUGAGAGCCAGUUCGAGGAGCUGCAGGCGGUGGUGGAGAGGGCGAAGCGGGAGGUGACGGAGAUCCUGGAGGGCGAGGAGAAGCAGGCGCUGAGGCAGGCCGAGGGCAUCCGGGUCCACCUGGAGCAGAGGUGCACAGAGCUGAAGAAGACGCAGGGGCAGAUGGAGAAGCUCUCCAAGAACAAAAAUGAUGUGGAUUUCUUACAGGAGUACUCAGAGUGGAAGAAAGAAGCCACUGAUAUCUCUCUGCCUGGGAUCUACAUCGGCCUGACGGACCGUCUGAAUUCCUUCAGCCGCGUGAUUGUCGGCUCCACAGAGGAGCUGUGUGCCAUGCUUGUGUCCUCUUACAUAGAGAAAGUUAAAGAGAUCUGCAAGAAUGAUAAAAUGGGAAUAAAGACGACAGUUCAUGAAAUAGUUGCAGCCAAACAGAACAUGUCCAUACCAGAUCCAGAGACACACGCAGACUUCCUCAAGUACGCCGCCCAGGUGAGUUUCGACGCUGACACCGCUCACAAGUUCCUGCGGCUGACGGAGGAAAACAGGAAGGUGACCAACACCACGCCGUGGCAGCAUCCUUAUCCUGACGUACCUGAGAGGUUUGAGCACUGGCGCCAAGUUCUGGCAGCAGAGAGCUUCUAUCUGGGGCGCCACUACUUCGAGGCAGACAUCAGCGGCGAGGGCACGCACGUCGGUCUGACCUACAAGAGCAUCGACCGCAAAGGCAGCGAGAGCAACAGCUGCAUCACAGGAAACAACUUCUCCUGGUGCCUCCAGUGGAACGGCCGCACCUUCUCCGCCUGGCACAGCGACGUGGAGACGCCUCUGAAUGUGGAGAAGUUCACUCGUAUCGGGGUGUACGUGGACUACUCGAGGGGCCUCCUGGCUUUCUACGGCGUGGAUGAAACCAUGACGCUCAUCCACAACUACCAGGCAGAGUUCCUGGAGCCGAUUUACCCGGCUUUCUGGUUGUCCAAGAAGGAGAAUGUUGUCGCCUUGGUGGUGCCAGGGGAGCCAUUACGACUCAAAAGCCCGUCUCCUCCCACCUCACCUGCAAACGGAACUAUCGUUUCAAAACCAGCAGCGCAACAAUGAGUAGAAGUCGGUUUCUCCUGGAUCAUUAAGGGACAAUUCAACAAUAUGACACUGCUGCUUUUAAAAUGUUUGCCUCCCAAAAAUAGAUUUAAUAUCUGAAACUUUAAAGGGAUAGUUUGGAUCUUUUGAAGUGGGGUUGUAUGAACUUUCUUGUCAGUACUCCAGCCUGCUUUUCCAAACUGGGGCUGUGCUGCCUGACAUCUGCUGUAGGUAACACACCGACUAUGUGUAAGAACUUCAUACAACCCAGCUUCAAGAGAUCCAAACGACCCUUUAAGGAAAACAUAAACCUGUUUACAGCAGCCUGAUAUUUUGUAAAGCUAAUAUAAGUUGUGAAUGUUUAUCUGGUGUAUGUUUGGGUUUAAGUCGUAUUUAUACUCCUGUACUUUUGGGACUACUGUUACUUUUCAUCCCACUGUGAAUUCAGAGGUGUUCUAUAUUUUCUGCAGGCAAAUAAAAAUUUGUAUCUUCAUUUGCAAAAAAAAAAAAAGGCGUCUG